CGCCACGAGCACCUCGUGCAAGUGUCAGUUUCCCGCAAAGAUGGCCGUGUCCGGCAGAGCUCUGGCGCUCAUCUUCUGCUUCCUCUGUUGCUACGCUCCCGCUCCGUCCUCGGCCGCCGCCGCCGACUUCCUCCAGUGCCUCUCGGCGUCCGUCCCGAGCCACCUCGUGUUCACGCAGAGCUCGCCCUCGUUCAUCUCUGUCUUGGUCUCGUCCAUCAGGAACCCUAGGUUCUUCACGCCCGGCACGGUGCGGCCGCUCUGCAUCGUCACGCCUACCAACGCCUCCCACGUCCAGGCCGCUGUGCUGUGCGGCCGCAGCCACGGCGUGCGCCUCCGCGUGCGGAGCGGCGGGCACGACUACGAGGGGCUCUCGUACCGGUCGGAGCGCCCCGAGGUGUUCGCGGUGGUGGACCUCUCCAGCCUCCGCGCCGUGCACGUCAACCAGGCCGCGGCCACCGCGUGGGUGGACUCCGGGGCCACGGUCGGGGAGCUGUACUACGCCGUCGCGAAGGCGGACCCGGAGCUCGCGUUCCCGGCCGGCGUGUGCCCGACCAUGGGCGUGGGCGGCCACUUCAGCGGCGGCGGCAUCGGCAUGAUGAUGCGCAAGAACGGCCUCGCCGUGGACAACGUCCUCGACGCCACACUAGUGGACGCCAGCGGGAGCAUCCUGGACAAGCAGGCUAUGGGGAGGGACUUGUUCUGGGCCAUCCGAGGCGGCGGCGGCGAGAGCUUCGGCAUCGUCUUGUCGUGGAAGGUGAGGCUUGUCAAGGUCCCACCGAAAGUGACGGUCUUCACCAUCACGAAAGCCAUUGACCAGGGCGCCGUGGACGCCGUGACCAAAUGGCAAACGCUCGCGCCGGCCCUCCCUGACGAGCUCGCCAUACGGGUGAUCGUCCAGAACCAACAAGCCCGGUUCCAGUCCCUGUACCUCGGCACGUGCGACCAGCUCCUGCCGGUGAUGAGCUCCCGGUUCCCGGAGCUCAAAAUGACACGCGCCGACUGCCGGGAGAUGAGCUGGCUGCAGUCCACGGUCUAUAUCAACUACGGCAACGCGGACAUGCCACUGGAGGUCCUCCUUAACCGGACGACCAGCCUGAGCACCUUCACGAAGAACAAGUCGGACUACGUGAAGCAAGCCAUCACCAAGAACUCGUGGCAGAAGAUAUUCCCCUGGUUCAACGGCCCCGGCUCGGGCCUCAUAAUCCUAGAGCCUCACGGCGGUCAGGUCAGCCGCAUCGCCGACGGCGACACGCCGUACCCGCACCGGAGCGGCGUCCUGUACAACAUCCAGUACAUCGCGUUCUGGUCGGGCGAUGGCAGGGCGUCGACGAGCUGGAUCAACGGUCUGUACAAGUUCAUGGAGCCAUUCGUGAGCAAGAACCCGAGGUCGGCGUAUGUCAACUACCGGGACCUGGACAUUGGUGAGAACGCGGUGGUCGGCGGUGUCACGAGCUACGACAGCGGCAGGGUGUGGGGCGAGAAGUACUUCGGGGCUGCAAACUUCAAGAGGCUGGCGAUCACCAAGGGGAAGGAGGAUCCGGGCGACUACUUCCGGAACGAGCAGAGCGUCCCGCCACAUGUCUCGAGCAAGUGAGCCAAAUGCCUAGUGGCCAAGUUAAUCCCACGAGUAGCCGUUCAAUUCUUGUAUAUUUGGAUGGUUGAUGCCUGUUGUGAAGGAUUGCUGCUAAAUAUCUCAAUGUAGUUAUUUUUUUCUUGGA